CUAUUCAUGUUGGCGUGCUCAUGCUUAGACAUACUUCCUGCUUCGAUUGAAUUUCCUUCCUACUCAGUUUCCGAUUAAUCCUUCUAUUUUCACAAUAAGCUUGUGAUAGAUUGUCCCAUAGUUGCGCUAAUUGCAGGAACAGUACUUUCCAGGAAAAUGGAAGCAAAGGGAUCAGAGUGGUGGAGUGGAGAGACGGUGGCGGUGGUGACGGGAGGGAACAGAGGGAUCGGGCUGGAGGUGUGCCGGCAGCUCGCAGACAAGGGGCUCACCGUCAUCAUGACUGCUCGUCAGCCACAGGAGCAACUCUCAGUCCCUGCUCAACAGUUCCUGCAAGAAGCAGCAGAAGCAAAGAGGAAGAAUGUCAUCUUCCACACUCUGGAUAUCACUCAACAGCAAAGUGUGCUGGAUUUCGUCGACUGGUUGAAAUUACGUGUUGGGUUAGUCGACAUUCUGGUAAACAAUGCUGCCAUUCAAAAGGCAGAGGUACACUGGAAGUUCAUGGAACACAACAAUGUGGACCCCAAUACAUUUCUGUCGAACUUCGACUACGGGGGUGGGACAAGGGAGAGUUAUGAAUCAGCAAAGGAGUGCAUAGACACCAACUACUAUGGAACCGUGAAGCUUACCGAGGCCUUACUCCCUUUCCUCCGCCUCUCCCCUCACAAUGCCAGGAUUGUCAUGGUGUCUUCCAUUGCAGGACUGCUAUGUUAUGUUAGGGAUGAAGGGUUGAGGAAGCAACUGUCGGAGACAGAGGGCUUGACAGAGCAGAAGAUCGAUGGGGUACUGAACCUGUUCUUGGAGGACCUCAAGUCUGAGAAGGCCAUGGAGAAGUGGCCACUCAAGUUGCCUGCUUACUCCAUUUCCAAGGCUUCCUUGAACGCAUACGGGAGGCUUUUAGCCCUUCAGUUGAAUGGCGUAGCUUAUGUGAACAGUGUGCACCCUGGGGCCGUGAAAACUAAUAUGACGGAUUCUACAGGCAACCUCUCACCCAUUGAAGGAGCCGAGAACGUCGUGCGAGUUGCUCUCUUCUCCGUUGAUGGUCCUUCCGGACACAAUUUCAUGGAAUGCGAGGACUCUCAGUUCUGAUGGCCACCAAGGACAGUUCAAUCCGAACUCUGCCUACACUAGUAGUUUGAUUAUGUAAAUAACGUCAAAAUACUGUUAUCUACAUUAUAAUUAUGUAGCCAAAGUGCUCCAUGAUACCGGCAUUAUCUGGAUAUGAAACGUUGCUUGAUUA